CUCCGCCUUCCAGGCCCUUUCUCCCCACAUGCCGGGGAAGACAGGGGCCAACAUGGAUCUUCCUGUGGACAUCAGCUGAGCCUGGAAGCUUCGCCCCCCCGGAGACCAUGGAAAGGGAUGGCAGCCGGAAUGCUUCCCUGGCAAGGACGUCUCCAGCCCGGGCAUCCCCGGUCCGGGCAUCCCCUUGCAGGUCAUCGUCUGCCAGGUCAGCCUCCACAACGUCUUCUCCGACAAGAGUGUACCUUGUCAGAGCAACACCAGUGGGGGCCGUACCCAUCCGGGCGUCUCCUGCAAGGUCAGCGCCAGCCACCAGGGCCACGGGGGAGAGCCCAGGUACCAGCUUGCCCAAGUUCACCUGGCAGGAGGGCCGGAAGCGGCUGCCGCUCAUCGGAUGUGUACUCCUCCUCAUUGUCCUCGUGGUGUCGCUCAUCAUUCUCCAUGGGGGAAGAGAGCCCCAGAGUCCAAGAGGGAUUGCAGUCUAUUUCUGGCGGGGCCACACAGGGAUCAAGUACAAGGAGCCGGUGGAGAGCUGCCCCCCUCAUGCUGUGCGCUGUGAUGGGACCGUGGACUGUAAGCUGAGGAGUGAUGAGCUGGGCUGCGUGAGGUUUGACUGGGACAAGUCUCUGCUUAAAGUCUACUCCGGAUCCUCCCAUCAGUGGCUUCCCAUCUGCAGUGACAGCUGGAAUGACUCCUACUCAGAGAAGACCUGUCAGCAGCUGGGUUUUGUGAGCUCUUACCGGACGACCAAGGUGGCCCAUAGGGAUUUUGCCAGCAGCUUCUCAAUCUCCAAAUACAACUCCACCCUCCAGGAAAGCCUCUACAGGUCUGAAUGCCCUUCCCAGCGGUAUAUCUCUCUCCAGUGUUCCCACUGCGGACUGAGGGCCAUGACGGGGCGGAUCGUGGGAGGGGUGCUGGCCCCGGAGAGCAAGUGGCCUUGGCAAGUCAGCCUGCACUACGGCACCACUCACAUUUGCGGGGGCACGCUGAUCGACGCCCAGUGGGUGCUCACCGCCGCCCACUGCUUCUUUGUGACCCGGGAGAAGAUUCUGGAGGGCUGGAAGGUCUACGCAGGCACCAGCAACCUGCUCCAGCUGCCUGAGGCAGCCUCCAUCUCCCAGAUCAUCAUCAAUGGCAACUACACGGACGAGGAGGACGACUAUGACAUCGCUCUCAUGCGGCUCUCCAAGCCCUUGACCCUGUCCGCUCACAUCCACCCUGCCUGCCUCCCUAUGCACGGACAGACCUUCAGCCUCAAUGAGACCUGCUGGAUCACAGGUUUUGGCAAGACCAAGGAGACCGAUGAGAAGACAUCCCCCUUCCUCCGGGAGGUACAGGUCAACCUCAUCGACUUUAAGAAAUGCAAUGACUUCUUGGUCUACGACAGUUACCUUACCCCAAGGAUGAUGUGCGCCGGGGACCUUCGGGGAGGCAGAGACUCCUGCCAGGGAGACAGCGGGGGGCCCCUGGUCUGUGAGCAGAAGAGCCGCUGGUACCUGGCAGGAGUCACCAGCUGGGGCACGGGCUGUGGCCAGAGAAACAAGCCCGGUGUGUACACCAAAGUGACCGAAGUCCUCCCCUGGAUUUACAGCAAGAUGGAGAGGGAGGUGCGCUUCCGGAAAUCCUAAGCAGCUGGCCUGUCCUACCUCACGGCACUGGCCAAAGUGUCGGGGCCAUCCGCAGUGUCACCUGGGCUAAAGGCCACCGGGCACCUCUGUCACUCCCACCUCCGCUGUCUGUUGCCUCUGUGAAUACUCAUGCAUGUGUGCAUGUGUGCAUGUGUGUGUGUGCGCGUGCACCUGUGGUAUGCGCGCGCGUGUGUGCCCGUGUGCAUGCUUGUACGCACGUGUGUGUGUGUGUGUGUGUGUGUGUGUGUGUGUGUGUGUGUGUGUGUUGUUGGUCUCCCAAGGUCUUCAGAAACCAGGAGAGUGGUCAGCUCUUUCCCAAACCCCAGGCUGGAAAGCACCUGGAGUUAACAGUGUGGGGGCACUGUGGAGGUCCCCGCAGGGGUGUCCAUGACGGAUGGAGGAAGUGAAGCCCAAACGGGGCCCAGAGAAGGGCCUGGAAGUUCACAUCAGGAAUCCUUGCUCCUCUGACUCUGACUCGGAGACUAGCCCAGAUUGCGUGGCCACCAGCAGCCCAGGUAACACCCCGGUGGUGUAGGGCCUGGGCUGGCCCUAGCAGAAAGAUGCUCCCCUUGGCAUUACGAGCAUCCUGCCCCUUCUCAGACCUUGGGCUAGUGCCCGGAUGUGGAGGGCUGACAGCACUGCGGUUGUCCAGGUUCACAGCUGUUCUUGUUCGGUCACAGGCGGUCGGGGCAGAUUUUUAUUUUAUUUUUAUAUUCAAGAAAUGGAAGUAGAUGCCUUUUUCAAGAUUCUCCAAAAAUUCCAGGAGCCUGAAGCACUAGCAGCCAUUACCCCCCAAACUCUAAGGGACUUAUGGCAGUUGUGCCAUUCCAGAGUGCUGCUGAAUGUUCCUCACCUCAAGGGCCCGGAUGAAGGAGCCCUUUGGGGUCCUCAGGGUAGGGAGUCCUCACGGGGGCUGGUGAGCAAAUCCAUCACAGAGAGCCACAAGUGCUGCUGCAUCCGAAGGCCACAACCAGGGCAUGAAGAAAUGGCCGUUGUUCUCCGUGGGCCUCGGCGCCUGAGAGAGUCCAGGUGGACAGGCCCCCCUCGUACCCAGCGCUGUCCUGGGCCUUGCAAUUUCCUCUCAGCUUCUCCGCCUUUCAAGUUCUCAGUUGUUUCAGAAACCUGGCACUGACAUGAACACUGCCUGGGAGAGAGUGCUGACACCAUCCCCAGGCCCUCCGAACAGCCGUGUGGAGGGAUCUGAGUUGCCCAGCUCCUGUGAGCCAUCAGCGUGCCCGGCCUCCGUGCCCGCUUGAGGCCUGGGCCACCCCCAGCCUCUCCUCUGGGCCAGCUCUUCCUUGCCCAGUCCCAUUCCCCUCACUUCUCUUGGGCCUGCCUCAUGGUGCUAUGACUCUCAGAGGCAGGGUCCAUGCGGGUCAGUCCAGCCCAGCUCAGGCAGGCAGCAUGGCUGGGCACGGUGCGAGGGGGCUGCUUGCGUGUUA